UUUCCAACAAUUCCAUCUCUUAUACCCUAUAAUUCUAUUUCAUAAAUAACAAUAAUGGUCUGUAUAAUUUGCUACGAAUCGCUCUUCAAGAAGCACCACGAGCCCGCUGCUUCUAACAUGCGUGUCCGGGCAGCAGACAACCGCCCAGCUGCCCUCAGCUGUGGCCACGUAUUCCACAAUAAAUGCAUUACCCAGUGGUUCACGACCUCAGACCUCCCAAAAUGCCCACUCUGCCACAAGACAAGCACGGGCCCGGCCCUGACACUGUUUAUCGGGCUUGAUGAAGAAGACGCGUUCCACAUAUCGUCGAGCACAGGCAACAGCAGAGACAGCAGAGGCGGAGAGGUGUCGGCAAGCGAGCCGAGCGCGCAGCUCGGAGACCUGGCGGUGUCGGGGGCUGGUGGCUCACAGUAUAAUGCGCAGGAUUUUGAUCGGUUGGCUGCGCAGGUCGAGUUGCAGCGCGUUCAGCUGGAUGCGGCAGUAGCCAGGAAGAGGGCGCUGCACAAGAAGCUCAAUACCCUGUAUGCGGAUUUGGCUCGCCAGAGGAAGGCAUUGCCAAGGUGCAGAGCCCUUUCCUCGUCUGUAUUUACUCAUCCAUUAUCGCGACUAGUGCGAAGGACAUGCUAUUUUUAUGAAUAUACAAUUGCAUUACCAAAUGCAAUGGACUGUGGUUGCCUUAAUUAAUUGACCAUGAUUCCUUAAUUUCAUCAUGAGACGCGGCUCGCUUUCGAAUGUUCUCUAUCUUCUGAUAUCAGUGUGACUUUGCUCAUGCAACAAAGCGCAUCUUGAGUUUGCUUUUGUUAUUGCGUAUGGCAAUAGUGUGCCAUGAAGCUUCC